AUAUAAUAAAGGUGAGAAAUAUGUAUGAAUAGUGAUUUGAACAAAUAAGCAGGCUGAUGUUGGCAACUUGUAUAUAAAAUAUAAAUAAAUCAUUAAUAUACUUUCCAAGAUAACGAUUUUGAUGUUUGUUUGGAUGAAUUCGCAUAGAUAUAGACUAACAAAUCAUUAGAUUUAACACUUCGAAUGGUCACUCAGCCAAUGUGGGGCUCCGCCCGCAACGUCCGUCUCUGCUCUCUUGAAAAUCUAUUUCUCUGACUUUUGAUUCUCGGAGACUUCUAUGGACGCCGGCGGUGGCGCAGAGACAUCGAAGAUGAAGGUAAUGGUGACCGGUGCAUCUGGUUACUUAGGAGGAAGACUCUGCCGCCGCCUACUGAGCCAAGGCCACUCCGUUCGGGCCCUCGUCCGUCCGACCAGCGACCUUUCCUCCCUGCCUCCGGCCUCCGGGGACGGGUCUUUCGAGCUCGCCUUCGGAGACGUCACCGACUACCAGUCCCUCCUGGAGGCUUCCUCCGGUUGCGAUGCCCUAUUCCAUGCCGCCGCGCUCGUCGAGCCCUGGCUUCCAGACCCUUCUAGGUUUUUCUCUGUUAACGUAGGCGGCCUUGAGAAUGUGCUGCGAGCUUUUGCAGACACCAAGACUGCACAGAGAAUCAUCUACACUUCGUCCUUCUUUGCUCUUGGACCCACCGAUGGAUACGUCGCGGAUGAGAGUCAAAUUCAUCACGAGAAGUUUUUCUGCACAGAGUACGAGAGAUCGAAGGCAGCUGCCGAUAAGAUUGCACUACGAGCUGCAUCAGAGGGAGUUCCUAUUGUGGCAGUGUAUCCCGGUGUUAUUUACGGUCCUGGCAAGGUAACAGCCGGCAAUGUCGUUGCUCAAAUGUUGAUUGAACGCUUUAAUGGUCGCCUUCCUGGUUAUGUUGGGAGUGGGAAUGAUAAAUUUUCUUUUAGCCAUGUUGAUGAUGUAGUAGAGGGGCACUUGGCAGCAUUGAACAAAGGUCAACCAGGUGAAAGAUAUCUACUUACAGGAGAAAAUGCAUCAUUUAAGCAGGUUUUUGACAUAGCUGCUAUCAUCACUGAAACAAAGAGGCCUUGGUUUUGCAUCCCCCUGUGGAUGGUUGAGGUUUAUGGCUGGAUAUCACUGCUCAUCUCUCGGAUUACUGGAAAGCUUCCUUUGAUCAGCCCCCCGACUGUGAAUGUUCUACGACACCAGUGGGCCUACACAUGCGAGAAGGCUAAAUUAGAGCUGGGUUACAACCCUAGAAACUUGAACGAAGGUCUAGCUGAGGUACUCCCAUGGUUGAAGAGCAUGUGUUUGAUAAAAUAUUGACAAGCUUUCUUCAUGUAUUUACCUCAAACUACAACUGUGCCUUGAAAUUCUGGCUUCUGUAAUGAACCUGAAGAUAAUGACACAUGUAUGAGGAUGUUACCUAAUACAGAAAUCCAUUUACCUCUA